CAAACCCACAGCACGUGCUGAGACGCGAUAUAAAUACAGACACACACUGCCCGUCUGUUAGGAAACGGACAAUCUGUAAAUGCUGAUGGAUCUACACCACUUAUUAACUUGCUCUGGUUAAGAAGAAGAAAGCAAAGAUGGCACGUAAGACCAAAGGAUCAAAGAAGAAGGCUUCAUUCUGCACACUCCUCAAAUCAUCUCCCAAAUUCAGUGCUACAGAGGACAACUGUGGCGUUGGCCAGAUUCCUGAAGAGAUGCUGCAGAGGCUGAUGGUUAGAAACAGCCUCAAUCUGAAUCCUCCGUUCUUUCAGAGAAACGCAGUCACUCCUAGGCCGUGCACGUGCGGAAUAUGCUGCCUGGGUCCGAUCACCUUUCACCCUGAAGUCAAGGGGAAGCACGUGAAGCUGAGUGCAGGCGACCGGCGCGCGACCAGAAACCCGCUGUCAUUCCGUCACGGUGUGACUUUCAGCAGCCGGCCCUUGCGCGUCGGGGAGAAAGUGCGCAUGCGCGUGGAGCGCGCUGUAGCAGCGUGGCACGGCGCGCUCCGGAUCGGCUUCACAACCGUGCCGCCCGGUUCCGGUCCCAUGUGCCCUCUGGCCAUUCCCGAUCUCACCGAUCGACAGGGAUUCUGGGCGCUCCCCAUACCGGAGAAUUACUCCUCCCCACGCACUGAGCUGACGUUCUGGGUAAAGCGCACCGGAUACCUUCGCAUCCAGACGGACAACGGGUUUGAUCACAAAGAAGAAAUGUCGCAGAUGGACACGAGCAAGCCGAUCUGGGCCAUGAUUGACGUGUACGGCCAGACAACCUCUGUCCUCUUCCUAGGUUCAGAGAAGAAGACUUUCUUCUUCACGCGCCGCUCCUGCUCUGUUCCCAAAAUCAGUGCUACGGAGCAGAACUGUGGUUAUGACCCGAUUCCUGAAGAGCUCCUGGUGAGGAUGGUGAAUAGAAAGAGUCUAGAAGAGAACUCGCCGUUCUUUCCGAGCAAUGACGAUAACGACGAGCACUGUGUAGUGUGCUACUCCGAGACGGCCAGCGUGCACCUGGAUUGCGGUCACUCCUGUUUGUGCUCUCAGUGUGCCGAGAGGGUCAUCAGUGACUUUGGGACGUGCCCGUUAUGUCGGCAAAGCAUUCGCUGCUAAUGUAAAAAAAAAAAAUAAAAAAAAAAGCGAGAGAGAGUGCGAGAGAGAGAGAUGAUGUAUAGAAGUAUAAAUAUUGAAAACUGUAUUAUAUUCUGAUGUAAAUAUUUUGUACAAAGUGUGUCAACGAAUAAUGCUUUUAUAUAUUUAUUUUAUAUUUAUUAAACAAAAAAGAUGUAAAUGUGA